AUGGCUCAAGCAUUGGACUUUUGUCUCCGAUGCAACUCUCUAAAGUGCAGAGUAACCCUAAGUGAAAGGGCAGUGGUCACUACGUGCUCACAUAUUUUCUGUCUGCAGUGUGCCGACCACCUUGGGCUCUCACGACCAACAACAUCCGAGCGGCAAUGCCCUGCCUGCAAUGCCAGUCUUGCCAACCCUGACGAUGUAGUCUCCACUGUUCUCACCCCUAGCGAAGAUUACAAAACCAGCGUGCUGAGUGGACUUGAUCCCCAUACCAUUAUGGAGUGCGCUGGGCGUGCUUUGGCGUUCUGGACAUAUCAGUCUGCCCAAGAAAUCUUUUAUCAGGAAUAUCUCGGCAAAAGUUUGACCGAGAAAUAUGGUGCACUAAACCAACAGAUGGACAAGGUUAUUCAUGACGCGAAUUCAGAAAUAUCAAAUCUCCAAAACCGCAUAUCAGAGAUGCAAAUGAACCAGGAGCAGCUCCAGAAGAAGAACCACGAGUUAGUGGAGAUAUAUCGAGAAAAAUGCAAGAAGCAUGCUCAAAUAUCGAACCUCUACAACCUUCUUAAAAGCCGGGCAAUGAGGUCCCAGAUCCAAACAGCAGCGUCAGAUUCCGUGACCCAGGUUCUUGAGUCCUUAGGUGGCGCUCCCAAAUCCCACUCGAGCACGGAGGACUUGUUCCGCCCCGUAACCUCCCUGGCGCCAUCUCCUCGACGUAGUCCUGUGAGAUAUCCAGCAACAAACAUAGGAAUCGAACAGCUGCACCGUCAUCAAAGAAGUGGGAGUGGAAGUGGUUCAAAAAAUCGCGUAGAUUCUGCGAUGCCUCCUCCUAGUGGCCUACCGCCGUCUUUUCGAACUGCCACAUUGCCACCAGUUACACCACAACAUCGAACCAGGCUCCCUGGGCCUCUACCUUCGACCCAGAGGUCUGAAUUCCCGGAGCGUCAACAGAACGGCUAUACAACUCACAAUCAGAUUUUUCCAGUCCCGCAGCGUUUCGCGCCCGAAGGAGUUGAUAGUAGAUUUUCUCAUAGUAGCUCUAGUAACUAUGGCCUAAGCGCAGGGAUAAAAAUUGGCCGUCCAUCUGAUCACGCUGCCUCCAGUUCUAAUCCGCCAUCCAACCUUUUUGGGAUUGGAAGCCAUAUGGGAAAUGGUAACCCCCGAUGA